AUGACUCACAGGUGCAGCAUCUUUCAUCCAUAUCCUCCAUAUCACAAGUACCAUCAUCCAGGAGACCUUAUGGUUGGUGGAAUUUCAUCUCAAGUUGGUCCAGUCUCUGAAAAACUCAGCUUUCAAGUUCAUCCUCCACCAGUAUUGCCUGGGCAGUUUUUCGGAGUUCCUAAGAAUUACCAGCACAUCCUGACUUUGGCAUUUGCAGUAAAGGAGAUCAAUGAAAACCCACAAAUCUUACCCAAUCUCACCCUGGGCUUCUACAUAUAUGAUAGCUAUGGCAAUGCUCAAAGGACCUAUCAGGCCACCAUGCUACUUCUAUCAGCAACUGAGAGACUGGUUCCCAACUACCUAUGCAACUUCCAGAAUAAAGUCAUAGCUGUUAUUGGAGGAUUGGAUGCUGAAAUCUCACUCCAUGUCGCAAAUCUCUUGGAUAUCUUUAAGAUUCCACAGCUCAUUUAUGGCUCUGCGCCGAUAAUGAAUGAUAAAACUCCAGGCCUUUCCUUUUAUCAAAUGGUUCCCCCAGAAGAACUUCAGCAUAAAGGGAUUCUCUCACUGCUCCUGCAUUUUAAUUGGACAUGGAUUGGGAUUUUUAUCAUGGACAGUGACCAGGGAGAAAAAUUUGUAGAAACGGUGAUUUCUCUUUUUCCCAAAAAUGGGGUUUGUGUUUCUUUCAUUCACCGAUUCCCCAAAUUUACUGUUUUCAAUGGAUUUGAGGGCAUGCUUCAACAGGGGGCAAAAAUAUAUGAUCAUGUCAUGAAUAGUAAGGUUAAUGCAUUGGUGUACAAUGGAGAAUUCCUUGCUAUGAGCUAUUUGUUAUGGUUGCAGUAUAUUCCAAAUAUAGAAAAGGUGAGAAGUAAACCAAAAGGUAUUGUGUGGAUAAUAACAGCACAGGUGGAGUUCAGUUUAAUCCCUUUUCAACGUGCUUGGGAUAUAAAAGUAAUUGAUGGUGCCCUUUCCUUUAUGCUGCAUUCCACUGCUCUACCAGAAUUCAGAUCAUUUGUUGGAAAACAAAACCCAUUCACUGCAAAGGGAGAUGGAUUUAUCAGACAGUUCUGGCAAGAUGCCUUUGACUGUGUAUUCCCAAAUGUUGUUAUGAGUGAUGUGCCUGAGAAUGAUUGUAAUGGUACAGAGGAUCUGGAGAGCCUUCCUGGGACUCUUUUUCAAAUGGACAUGACUGGCCACAGUUAUAGUAUCUACAAUGCUGUACAUGCCAUAGCUCAUGCUUUACAUGCUGUGUCCUCUUCAAGAGAUACCGAGAGAUCAAUGGCAGGUAGGGUAGGACGGAAGAUUCGUAGUCAACAGUUCUGGAAGUUCCACUAUUUUUUGAGAAAUGUUGCUUUUAACAACACUGCUGGGGAACUGGUCUCCUUUGAUCAGAAUGGGAUUGUAGCAGCUGGAUUUGAUAUUAUCAACUUGAUUGCUUUCCGAAACAAGUCCAUUCUUCAUGUGAAAGUUGGAAAUGUGGACCAUUCAGCUCCUUCAGAUAAACUAUUAACCAUCAAUGAUGAAAUGAUUACAUGGCACAGCUGGUUUAACCAGGUGAUACCCAUCUCUGUCUGCAGCAAGAGCUGUUAUCCUGGUUCCAGCAAAAAAGUGAAGGAAGGAAAGGCAUUUUGCUGUUAUGACUGCAUCCCCUGUCCAGAAGGGAGAGUUUCAACUGAGAAUGAUAGAAAUGAGUGUUCCAGAUGCAAAGACAAAUACUAUCCAAACAAGAAACACAAUUUUUGUAUUCCCAAAAGUAUUAGUGUCUUGACUUAUGAAGAACCUUUAGGGAUCAGUUUAGCCUGUAUUACACUUUCUUUUUCAAUGACUACUGCUCUUGUGCUUGGAGCAUUUCUGAGCCACAACAAAACUCCCAUUGUGGUAGCCAACAACAGGGAUCUGACUUACACUCUCCUCAUUUCCCUCCUGCUCUGCUUCCUUUCAGCACUGCUAUUUAUUGGCCAACCAGGAAAAUUUACCUGUCUCCUGAGACAAACAACUUUUGGUGUGGUCUUCUCAGUGGCUGUUUCUUCAGUCUUGGCAAAGACCAUCACAGUGGUUCUGGCUUUUAUGGCCACCAAACCAGGAUCCAGAAUGAGAAAAUGGAUCGGGAAAAAAUUAACUAAUUCUAUUGUUGUUUCCUGCUCCCUGAUCCAAGCCGGCAUUUGUACUCUCUGGCUAUCAAUUAACCCUCCAUUCCCAGAGGCUGAUAUGAUCUCAGUGACUGAAGAAAUUAUCCUUCAAUGCAAUGAAGGCUCUGUGACCAUGUUUUAUUGUGUCCUUGGCUACAUGGGUUUCCUGGCUUUUAUCAGCUUCACCACAGCUUUUCUUGCCAGGAAAUUACCUGACAGUUUCAAUGAAGCCAAAUUCAUCACCUUCAGCAUGUUGGUCUUUUGUAGUGUUUGGUUGACGUUUGUUCCAGCAUACCUGAGCUGCAAGGGGAAGUACAUGGUGGCUGUAGAGAUCUUUUCUAUCUUAGCUUCGGGUGCUGGGCUUCUGGGUUGUAUCUUUUUCCCCAAAUGUUACAUCAUCGUCUUUCGGCCUGAGUUGAACAAAAGGGAACAACUAAUGAGAAAGAAGAUUGAUUAA